AUGUCGACCAAUACCUCGCAGCCCACUGUGCAACAGUACUACGACUCGCUAACCGGUCAAAAUGUAUCGCCUCUGUGGACGGUACUUGACAAGAUGGUCCCUCCCAAGCCCAACCCCUCCAGCACCACCACUAUCUGGCGCUACGACUCCCUGCGUGCUCCACUCAUGCAAUCAGGGGAGUUGAUCACCGCCGAGGAAGCAGAGCGACGAGUCCUCAUGCUGGUGAACCCCAGUCUGGAAGCUCCAUACACGACAGACACCAUCUACGCAGGAUUGCAGCUCAUCCUACCGGGUGAAACCGCACCCGCCCAUCGCCACAUGGCAUUCGCUCUGCGUUUCAUCGUCGAAGGCUCGAGCGGCUUUACCGCAGUCGAGGGCGAAAAGCUGACAAUGGGGCGCGGGGACGUCAUUCUCACUCCUAGUUGGAGCUGGCAUGACCACGGCAACGAAGGAACCGGACCGAUGAUUUGGCUUGAUGGGUUGGAUCUGCCGCUUUACCGAUUCCUACCGAUCAAUUUUGCUGAAAAUUAUGCUUCGUCGAGAUAUCCGAGUCGCUUGGUCACGGAGAGCAAGCUUAAGAUUCCCUGGUCCACGGCUGCUGCCAGUCUUGACGCUGAUAUGGCCACGUCUGAUUAUGCUCGGUAUGAGUAUCGGCUUGAGGGUGGUGCCCAUCUCUCGCGAACUAUUUCGGCACAGGCCGAGCGGAUAGCUGCUGGUUGCACCAGUGCUAAAUCGCGGGAGACGGCGUCGUUCGUGUACCAUGUCUUUGAAGGAGAAGGAUACUCUAUGGUUGUAUCACCGGGAGGCAAAGAUGAGAAGAUUGAGUGGAAGAGCCGAGACACGUUUAGUGUUCCUGCAUGGAGCGUUAUCUCUCACACUUGUACUUUGCCUACUGGUCAGGCAUAUCUGUUUGCUAUCAACGACAGACCUAUUGUUGAGGCAUUGGGACUGUCGAGGAAGGAAUGA